UUUAGGGGUAUUUUCCCGAAAGCAUAAUUCCUUUGUUGAUUUCACACUCUUCCCCCCCACUUGAUUUUGCAUUACAUCGUUUUUCACUUUCUUUUCUUUUUCUCACAUUCAUUCUUCGCUCUUCCCCUUCUCUGUUCUUCUUCUUCUUCCUCCUCUUCUUCUUCUUUUUCUUUUCUUCUUCAUCUUCUUCAUCCAUCAAGUUUUAGUAAAUCUAACCAACAAUGGCUGGUUACAGAGCUGAUGAUGAUUACGACUACCUAUUCAAGGUCGUUUUGAUUGGGGACUCCGGCGUCGGUAAGUCCAAUUUGCUCUCCAGAUUUACUAAGAACGAGUUCAAUCUCGAGUCCAAAUCCACCAUUGGUGUCGAGUUCGCUACCAGGACCUUGAACGUCGAUGGCAAAGUUAUCAAAGCUCAGAUUUGGGACACUGCUGGCCAAGAAAGGUACCGUGCCAUCACUAGUGCCUACUAUCGUGGAGCGGUCGGUGCACUCCUUGUAUAUGAUGUCACUCGUCAUGCAACAUUCGAGAAUGUGGACCGGUGGCUAAAAGAAUUGAAGAACCACACAGAUUCCAACAUUGUCGUGAUGCUUGUUGGAAACAAAUCUGAUCUUCGCCACCUUGUUGCUGUUCCGACAGAAGAUGGUAAGUCCUAUGCGGAAAGGGAAUCACUGUACUUCAUCGAAACCUCUGCACUAGAAGCAGUCAAUGUGGAGAAAGCAUUUGCUGAGGUCCUAACUCAGAUCUAUCACAUUGUAAGCAAGAAGGCCGUUGAAGGAGGAGAAAAUGGAUCUGCUUCGGCUGUCCCUGCCCAGGGGGAGAAAAUAAACAUCAAAGAUGAAUCGGGUUUAAACAGAAUGAAAUGUUGCUCGAGCUAAAUUCAGUAAUAAUCUGUGUAGGUGAUUUUGAAUUGGAUGUACUGUGUAAUAUUUUUUUUUCCCCUUGAAGAUGGUUAAGAAAGAGGAAGAUAUAUCCCCCAAGACCCUGAAUCUUUCUGUAUUACAGAAAAAGAAGAGUACCUGAGCCACAUGAUUGGUUUGUGGUUGCUGUUGUGUCCAUCAUUAUUAGCUUCUACCAAAAAGAAAAAAAGAAAAAAUCUUGGUUACAAGUUUGGUUUCUUUGGUAAAAUUUCCUCCAUUUUAGCUUUAUUUAAGCGUUCAUGAUGUGGUAUGAUGAUGAAGAUGAUUAUGAACCCUUAUAUUCAUUCAUAUGUUGUUAAGUCAGUUAUGAUGGCUCUUUGAGCUGUGAACUUCAUAAUUGUAACAGUUUUACAUUAAAUUUUUAAUUCCAUGCUUCGAUUUUAUUCAA